UUUGCAUAUUGAGCACCGCCCUGUGUGGUGAGCAUGUUAGUUUAUCCAGGCUGGAUUCGCUUCAAAAAAGGGCAGGAAAACAGUCCGGCCGGGGCAGAGAGAGGAGGAAGAAGGAGUUUGUCGGCUGAGGAAAAGAAGACGAGUGCGGGAUCCUGUCCUCCCGAGCAGGGCGACACGUUAUGGACGCUUUAAAAUCGGCGGGCCGGGCGAUUAUCCGGAGCCCCAGCAUUGCCAAGCAGUCGUGGGCUUCAGGGAGACAUAAAAAGCUCCCAGAGAACUGGACGGACACGCGCGAGACUCUGCUGGAGGGAAUGGUGUUCCAGCUGAAGUAUCUUGGCGUCACGCUGGUCGAGCAGCCGAAAGGAGAGGAGCUGUCAGCCGCCGCAGUCAAGAGGAUUGUUGCCACGGCCAAAGCCAGUGGGAAGAAGCUGCAAAAGGUCAUACUGAAGGUUUCUCCGAGAGGAAUCAUCCUGUACGACAGCGCCUCAAAUCAGCUCAUAGAAAACGUCUCCAUUUACAGGAUCUCUUACUGCACUGCUGAUAAGAUGCACGACAAAGUGUUCGCCUACAUCGCUCAGAGCCAACGCAAUGAGACACUCGAGUGCCAUGCCUUCCUCUGCGCCAAAAAGAAAGUGGCACAGGCGGUGACGUUAACAGUAGCGCAGGCCUUUAAAGUAGCCUUUGAGUUUUGGCAAAACGCCAAGGAAGAAAAAGAAAAGCGAGUAAAGUCAGACUCUGUGGGACCCAGCAACUCUCAGUCACAGAAUCAGUCACCGAAUUCAGAAAGUGUGGAAGAAGGAGAAGUGGCCACAGGAAAUCUGUUAAACCUUGAGGAAGGUACAGUUAUUCAUUCAGGAUGUGAUGAUACAACACAGAGCAUCAGCACAGAGAACAACAACAUUGUUUGGGAGCUCGAUGAUGGUCUGGAUGAAGCCUUCUCAAGACUCGCUGAGUGUCGUGCUAACCCCCAGGUCCUGGACACUGGGCUAAACCCUCAGGACUACAACGCUGACGAGUGCCUGUCGCCCAGCAAUUGGGACAAAGCCGACGCAGAGGAUGGGUUCGGCUUUUGAGAGAGCAAGACAGAAAGGAUGGACGGAAAGGUGAAAAAGGGAAAGAGGACGACCGUGACACUGAUUGAUGGACAGAAUGAUGCGUCUUCAUCAGAAUACAAGAACUGCACAGACCAAAGCAAUAAUUGUUUUUAUAUAUAUAUAUAUAUAUAUAUAUAUAUAUAUAUAUAUAUAUAUAUAUAUAUAUAUAUAUAUAUAUAUAUAUAUAUAUAUAUAUAUAUAUAUGUAUAUAAUAUAUUAGUAUUCCUGUGAGCGGUAUUUGGCUUUAGUCUGCCUUUGUAUUACGAUGCUUUCUGUUACAGUCCGUAUUGUAAUUUUGAUUUCUGGCAUUUUAUUUGUCUGUUUGUGUGUAUGAAAUGCACGUAUAAAAAUGCGUGUAAUUUUGAUAUGUAUAAUUUUUUUGAGCGGUUCAUUUAAGCUUUGCGAAUUGGGCUAUGCAGUUUAACACUGUAAUGUUCUCUCAUUUAGAGAGAUUAACAUCACUUGGGUUGUUAACAUUUAAAGGUAUCUGUGCGUUGAUGAUAGAACGUGGCGUUUGUGACCCAGGUCUGGUAAUCUGUAGGACAGAACACGUUCAAGAAACGUGUGAUCAGACAUGUUGACACUGCUUAUAUGACAGGGUGCUUUUAUUUCACAGCUCCGGCCGAGCUCCAGCGUCUCGGAUAGUCCAAAAUACACGGAGAGAGUUUAUACCGAAGACAAUCUUUUACUUAUAUUUUCUAUUGGAAAAUGUAUUUUUGUACUCCCUGCAAAGAAUCUUUUCAAAGCACACAGUUUUAAUUUCAGGGAACUAAGUUUAAUGACUAAAUGAUGUGUUUUGUGUGUUUUAGUUGUAUUUUUUAUUUUGUUUUUCCACCCAAAUUUAUCAGUGAGGUCAUGUUCACGAUCAGAUCGUUACAUAAGGAACGUAUACCUGCUGUGCGUAACUUUCCUGCUACUUCAUAAUCUUUCACUUACUUGGUUUUACAUGUUUCUGCCCCCACUGGGUUUAUUAUGAUUACUAUUUUUACUGCAGCUGAACUCAGUGUUAAAAUACCAUUGUUUAGAUUGACCUUUUCUCAUUUCAGUGCUCAGAUUUUUGACUGCAUAAAACAUUUUUUGUAUUAAAGACCAUAACUUUA